AUGCCCACGGACUCGCAUCACACGCUCUUCUCUGCCAAGAUACCCAAGCAAACCGCGCAUCACCGUAUCAUCAGGAUCAGCCCUUCAGAAGCAGUCGUGCUCAAUUCUGCUGAUCGAGCUCCGUUCUUGCUACAUGUCGAGAUACUUGAGGAUGACCUCGACUUUGACCCAGAGCGCCGACAGAAUAGUGAAGAUCUGCGGCGAGUGCUCGCAGAGAUGUCCGGCACCGGUUUCCGCUACAGUCGGCCCUUUUCCAGCACCAGCCCUUACGCGUCCAGUCAUGUAUCGCUAGCCUCGGAUCUAAAUGUGGCGGACCGAUUUAAGCCCGGAGUCAGUCCUGCCAGCAAUCCGUAUGCGCCCGCCGCAUCGACAAGCAGUCCGCCUGUCCCGCCGGAUGAUGAUUUGAGCACAACGAAUGACGAAAUCGAUCUGGUCGAACAGCUCUACGGCGAAACAUCUCUGAGACAGCUGGAAGGCGAAGGAGACGCCUUUGAGGCUACAUUUCAGAACAGAGACGAAGACGAGCGUGCAUGGCUUCAGUCUGAUGAUGUCUCGCCGAGACGAUCAACGCCCUUGGGAAGCCCGAAUCCGUCAGUACCGUACGCCCAUUCGAAUGCAGGCAUUGCAGCAUUACCGGACGAAUCGCCACAAGUACCUCCUGCGGGAGCAAGACGACCAAAUCUUUCGCUGACACAAAGCUCCAGGCAGAAUAUCUCACUCGACCAAUACGCAGAGCGAAUGCGUAUGGCGGCCAUCAUGCUGGCGCAGCUCAAUGCAUCCCAACACUUCGGCAAUGCCGGCGCUCAGGGCGGCGGUAAUCUCGUCAGCGCUGGCAGCAUCCUCGGUGCUGGACUUGGUCUGGGAUCCGGUAUAGGUGGUGCAGUAGGCGCUGGCCUCGAAGCUAUGCGCGACAAGCUACCAACGUUUGGCAAGAGCACCGAGGUCAUCGGUCAGGCCUCAUCGGGUGUGAAGAUGUCAUUGGAUACGACUACCGCUGUGUCCGGUCACUCCGGACUGGCUGACUCCAUGUCUUCACCAGCAUCACAGCCCGCCCUUCUGCCUAGCUCGCCAGGCAAGUCGUCAGCGAACGGUCAUAUCGCAGCAAGACAACGUGUUCUGAUGCCGAGUGAAGCUGCUGCAAUUCGUGACAAGAUAAUGAGCGAGAUGAUGGCGCUCGAAGAAGAGCGUAUGGAGCGCAUGCAGUCAAAGGGACGGCAUGCUAAUGAGGCUUGGACUACUGAUGCGGAUGAUAUCGACGUCAUCAGAAUAGCAGUCAACAAGGAAGACCCAAGUGGCGCUAUGCUGUCAGAAUCGUGGGCACAGAAGAAGUCGAGAAUACGUAAAGCAUCACCUUACGGUCAUCUGGCGAAGUGGAAUGUCCUGUCGGUAAUCAUCAAAACGGGCGCAGAUCUAAGGCAGGAGCAACUCGCUGUACAGCUCAUCCAGGAGUUUGGUCGCAUAUGGCGGGAGGAGAAGACAGCGAGCUGGGUCCGAUACUUUCGCAUUCUGGUCACGUCCGAGGGUACGGGCCUGAUCGAGACGAUCAAAGACUCUGUAUCUGUGCACUCGAUCAAAAAGGAUGCCUAUGCUCGCGCGCAAUCCCUCGAGGCGACAUCGAUGCAGUCGUACACUCUCUACGAUCACUUUCUGCAGACGUACGGUCCGCCGUCAUCGUCAGCUUUCAAGAAAGCCCAGACAGCCUUUGCGACCUCGCUGGCAUCGUACUGCAUCAUAUGCUAUCUACUGCAAAUCAAGGACAGGCAUAAUGGCAAUAUCCUCAUCGAUCGCGAAGGCCAUCUCAUCCAUAUCGACUUUGGCUUCAUGCUGUCGAAUUCGCCCGGACAGAUUGGCUUCGAGAUGGCGCCAUUCAAGCUGACUCAAGACUACAUCGAGAUACUUGACGGCUACGGAAGCGACGCAUUCGAGGCCUACAAGCGGAUGAUGAAGGCGUGUUUCAGAACAGUUCGCAAGCAUGCUGAGCGCAUCAUCACGCUCGUUGAGCUCAUGCAGAAGGAGUCAAAACUGCCUUGUUACUCACUCGGCGAUCAGACCGCCGCACGUUUGCGCGAACGAUUUCAGCUUGGCCUGUCUCAGGUACAGGCUGAUGAAUAUGUCGAGCGCUUGGUAGUAUCGUCGGCCGCUUCCGUCUUCACGCGGCUAUACGAUACGUACCAGAACCAGUCACAAGACGCUGACAGUCACAUCAUCGCGAGAGCCCACCCGAGUAUGGGCGCCUGUCUGAGCUCGGAUAAGGCGGCUGCCAAUGGCGGCGAUGUCGGGAAGAAGCAAAGCCGACAGCCGUCGUCCGCACAGAUUGACAAGAAGAUCGCCGGCGACUCGACCAACUACAGGAAGGAAUGCAAGAUACUCCUGCUUGGCUCUGGAGAGUCUGGCAAAUCGACGAUCGUCAAGCAAAUGAAGAUCAUCAACCAGGGAGGCUACACACGAGACGAACUGCUUCUCUUUCGCAUGACAAUCUACAAAAACGUGCUAGACUCUGCACAAGGCAUCGUGAUGGCACUCCGCAAGUUCAAGAUGGACCCUGUAGAGCCGGCCAACAGGGUCUAUGCUGAUAAGAUCCUCGAUUAUCGAUGCGAGCUCGAUCCCUCAUCACCCUUGCCAGCCGAGAUCAUGCGAGCGAUACAGUCUUUAUGGCGGGAUUCCAUCAUCCCCAGCGUGCUCGACCGUAGCUCAGAAUUCUACCUGAUGGACUCGGCCAGUUAUUUCUUCGAUGAGGUCGAGAGGAUCGGGGAGACAGACUAUGUGCCAAGCGAAGCCGACGUCCUGCGGUGUCGCACAAAGACAACAGGCAUCAGUGAGACGAAAUUCACCAGUGGUCAGCUGAGCAUACACAUGUUUGACGUGGGUGGGCAGCGAUCAGAACGCAAGAAAUGGAUACAUUGCUUCGAAGAAGUCACCUCGAUCAUCUUCUGUGUCGCACUCAGCGAAUACGACCAAGUCCUGCUCGAGGAGUCCGGUCAAAAUCGAAUGGCAGAGAGCUUAGUGCUAUUCGAAUCCGUCAUCAAUUCGCGGUGGUUUUUGCGCACCUCUGUGAUAUUGUUCCUGAACAAGAUCGACUUGUUCAAGAUAAAACUGCCGAGAGUACCGCUCGAGAAGUACUUUCCGGAAUAUACAGGCGGCGCCGACGUCAAUAAAGCAGCAAAAUAUAUCUUGUGGCGAUUCACACAGCUCAAUCGCGCCCGGCUGAGCAUCUAUCCUCACUUGACGCAAGCUACAGAUACCUCGAACAUUCGGCUCGUCUUUGCUGCCGCAAAGGAAACGAUUCUUCACAAUGCACUCAGAGAUAGUGGCAUCCUCUGA